AUGGCAGCACCACCCCCCACCAUGCCUGGCAUCACGUCCAUCAGUCGCACUGAUUACACUACCCUCAUCCGCCAGGUGUCUGGCGCAACGCUAUUCAACCGCCAACUGGCUUCUAUAUGUCAGAUCAAUGGUCUUAAGAGCACUGGCGUCAAAGCCGAGUUACAGGGGCGCAUCAGAGAUCUAAUUCAGGAAGCAUACAAUGCGAACGAUGCCACGCGCUUUCAGCAAAUCAGGCAGAGCAUAUAUAAUGCAAUGAGCCAGCGUUCGAGCCCCCAGAAACAAACACCCCGGACAAGCACUCCCCAGAUGGGCCUCGCAACUCCAGCGUCACACAACGGGACGCUCGGGCAGAAUGGAUUCACAAAUCAACAUGCCACUCCUGGCUACACUUCCGCUGGCGUCCGGCAGACAGGGUUCUAUCCCUCAUCGGCAUCACCAGCCUUGCUGUUCAAGCAAAGCCCAUUCUACCAUCUGGAAAGCCAGAUCAGUGAGGUUCUCAAAUGUCCUGUCAUGACCCAACAUCGCAGUAGUGUGCAUUUGACGGUCCGCUUGACCGAUAAUCUGAUUCUGCAGCGAUGUGUAGACGAUCCCUCUUACCGGGUCAUGCUAUUUGGCUCAACUGAGAAUUCAGGUGUCCAGGACAUUGCAUUCCCCCAUCAGUCCGAACUGAAGAUAAACGGCGGAGAAUUCAAGGCGAAUUUGCGCGGGUUGAAGAAUAAGCCUGGGUCUACUAGACCAGUUGACAUCACAAGUGCUCUUCGCUUGAAAUCCAGUUACACGAACAACAUUGAAUUCACAUACGCAUUAACGAAUAAGACAUUCUACGUGGUGCUUUUUGUGUGCAAAACAUCACCAGUCUCUGACCUUGUGAUGGAAAUCCAGAAACGUCGGAGAAUACCAAAGGACUCGGUUAUAACAGAGCUGAACCAGAAGGCCCAGGACCCAGACGUUGUGGCCUGCUCACAAGUAUUCUCACUGAAGUGCCCGUUAUCGUACAUGAGACUCGAUGUUCCAUGUCGGACUAUAAACUGUGGGCAUAUCCAGUGCUUCGACGCGACGUCGUACUUGCAGCUUCAGGAGCAAGGACCCCAGUGGAUGUGUCCGAUCUGCAACAAACCAGCCCCAUAUGAGCAUCUUGCUGUUGACGAGUAUGUCCGCGACAUUCUUGACAACACCUCAAAAAGCUUGGAGACAGUAACCAUUGAACCCAAUGGGCGGUGGACAACCAAGUCCACUGAGCCUGAACAAUACCAGCCUUCAGGGUCCGCUGCGUUUGAAGACGACGACGAGGUGGAGAUUUCAGACAUCACAAUCAUCGGAGGCUAUGAAACAUCCAAACCCGCUUUUUCAACAAACGUUAGCACACCCGCGUCUGCACAUGUAGGGGGUUCCUCCGGGACCCCCAGAGGCGCUGGGUCGAUCAGCAACAAACGUCCAGCAGCAGAAGUAAUAGAUUUAACUCUGUCGUCUGAUGACGAAGAGCCAGUGCAGCGAGCUCCGAAACGGCAAAACACUAGUGCUAAUGGGUAUCAAGAAUCCCAUGGCAUGGGGUUUCUGAGUGAGUCUCCACUCGGAUAUCCUCAAUAA